UAGGAACAAAGAUUUUAGGAUGUAACUGAUCUGGGUAUGUGCUCAGCAACUUUCCAAAAGGAUGCCUGCCUUACCAUUGUCGAAAACCCCUACAAAUCUAUUGCCUGAUGAUGUCAGAAACAUUUCAGAAGAUCAUAAUGAUGGAAGAAAUAGAAAACCCUCGGAAAGUCUGAAAGAGAAUUUUGUUGCAUCUGAGCCAAGUUUUGACAGCAAUGGACCAUCUUACUUUGAUAACACCAGUGGACAUGAUGAAAUAUCAGUAAACUCUAGCGCUGCUCCACAGGACAGGACAAACGUAAAACAGCUCUCGAAAAUCAGCAAGGAUACUGGCCAUCAGGCAUCAGAUGCCAGAUACAUCCAUACAUCUCAAGAAUUGUCAGCAGAAGAGGGUGACAUUUCUCUACUUCUGGAUAAUUCCUCAUCCAAUGAGAGCUAUGGUAAGGUAAAGCGAGGAAAUUCAGGAGCACUUUUGGAAAAGAAACUUUCGAUCAUCUCCGUCAGAGAUUCGGAAUUGGAUCUUAUUGGUCUGACUCAUGAUGGAGGGUCACGUGUGAGUGACAUCACAAAGGAAGCAGUACUCACUGAACCAAAUCAAUUUUCGGAAGCCACCACCAGCAGUCAUGAACUAAUUUUGUCUUCAUCUACAAAACAAGACCACACUUCAACUGAAAAACUUCAGAGUAACACCCCAGCAUCUCAGAGUAACAACAUCCAAAUGUCUUCCUCAACAAAGCCACCUUCUGAUAGUCAAAUUCAUCAUACUACUGAACAAUUGCCAAGUUCAAGCUCUCCCCAGUCAAGCGCAAAACCACGGGCAAGACAGUGUUGUGGGGGUCAUGGCAGUGCAAGAAGUGAUAAUGCGUCAAGAAAUCAGCAACAGGGCCAGGGAAUUUCCAAAGAUUACCAUGUUCAAUUAAACACACCCCCAAAGACUAUGGAUGCAUCUUGGAUGGAUUCUCCCACUUCCAAUGGACAUACAGGAUCGCCAUCAACUGUAGCAACUUUGGACUCCUCCACAUUAUUGAAGGGGAAUUACAAGAAGCAACAAGGAGGAGGAUUAUUUGAAAUGCUGCUGACAGACAACAGAGAGGCUGUAGAAUUGGAAUUGGAUUGUGACAGUAACACUGACGGCAAAAUGCAAGGAGAUAACCAGGUUACCAUGGCAGCCAGUGGCACAUCUGGGGAGGAGCUGACUCCUCGGCAUCCCUCUGCGGCCGAUCAGCAACCGGCUCCCAAGAAGAGGCGCAAAACUGGCCGCAGGACCCUAUGUGCUGACCCUUUCGCCAAGCUCCCGAAGGUCAAACUCCGGCCAUUUGUCUGGACCGAGGAUUCCGACGAUGAGAUGUCUUGCGAGAUUGUCAGGCAGAAACGGAAGCUAUCGGCAAAGAGGUCUCCUAGGUCAGUCAACCGACAUAGCAGGCAGUUUGAGGAUCCCUUCAAGGAACUGGCAUUUGUGGUGUUUGACAGUGCUGACGUGGAUUGCGAUAAGAGACUGAGAAGAGCAGAAUUUGCUUCUAUUUUGAAAUCACCAACUCUGGAUCUGGAGCUGUCUGCUGAGGACAUCAGGAAGCUUGAGAAAGAUUGCAGCAAGGGCAGGAAAGAUAUCAGGAAUCUUCCGGUGUCAUUCGAUGAGUUCCUCCCUCUGGCAAGGAAUCUGCUGUUGCUGUACUACAACAAGCAGGAUGCAGACUCAAGGAACCCUUGGAGCAUUCUAGACAGGGGCAGAGAUCACCCACCAUACUACUUCAAUAAGAACACCGGAGAUGUCAGUUCUGAUCGCCCUGUGGAUUAUGACAAUCAGCCAGAACUCUUCCUCUUUGAGAAGGCCCUUCAAGACACAUUUGAGACGGCAGACAUGGAUAAAGAUGGCAGGAUUCAUCUCAAUGAUUUCAUUAGAAUUAUCAACUCUGACCUCAGUCUCAUUCUUACCAAGAGAGACAUCGCUGAAAUAACAAACCAUUUCAGAAAUGAGGCAGGUAAAGUGGACAAGGUUAGCUACGGUGAGUUCCUGCCCCUUGCCAAGCGACUUGUUGUGGCUGUGUUCUCAGCAAGAGAUUCAAUUGCGGAUGACUGGAGUUUUCUGCACUCUAGGAACGUAGGCGCCUUCUGGUUUAACAAGAGGACAGGCCAGAGUUGCAGACACGCACCCAACCACAUCGUCACCAUGCAGCAACAGCAGCUCAGACACAGAAAACAUGAAGGCCAAGCUCUUCUGAAGGCAACAGAGGAACUCAAAGUCACCAAGGCUAAACUGGAGGACGAGUCAACUCUCAGAAAGGACUUUGAGGAGAAGUAUACAUCACUCAGUUCUGAACAUGCGAUCACAUCCAGAGAACUGCAGAAAAUGGAGCGACUGUAUGACAAGUGCAGAGCAGAGAGUGAGAAGAAGAGCAUAAUGCUGGAUGCUAAUGAGAAAGAGAAGACAAAACUACUUCACAAAAUUGAACAACUGGAAGAAAGAGUUGCUGAUGCUGAAAGAACAGAAACCAAUCUGGACUCUGUGCGAGAUGUCCUUAGAAACUGCCAAGGUGCUCUAAGGGAACACGAGCUGGACAUCAUGAGUCUGCAGGCCAAGAUUGAUGAUCUUAGCAAACAGCUGAGUGAGUCGGAGUCCAAGGUGGAGGAAGGGCAGGGAGUCAUCGCGGACCUGCAUCGACAGCUACGAGAGGAAAUCAAACGCAAUGAGAAGAUGGAAACGGAAUUGAAGAAGGUUCCGGACAUCAAGAAGGAGUUGCAAGAAGAGAAAGAGACCCUCCAGCUUUGCCAGAAGAAGCUGGAGGAGAGGAACGCUGUCUUGACCUUGACCCGACAGGUCAACCGAGAGAAUAAGACAAAGAUCAAGACACUGGAAACAGAGCUCUCCAAACUGCCCUCUGUUGAGGAAGAACUGGAAAUCGCACAGUGUGAGAUCUACACCCUCAAACAGCUGAUUGUUGGGAAAGACAGUCUGGUGGCGCAGAAAUCACAGGAGCUGGACAGUGUCAAGGAGAGGCUGGAUCGUGGGAUGGAGGGAGGGGCGGGGUCUGGGAACACAACGAGGGGGCGGGGCACGAGAAACGGUUACCCACCGAAUGGGGUGAACUAUAGGGUUAUCCGACUCCAGAAGAGGUCAUCAAAGAGCAUGCAAGUUGGGGCCCGCUCAAAGGAAAACAAGCCAUCAUACAACUCCAGCCGCAUAGACAUCAGCACACCUCCUUACGACAGUAGUAGCAGCAGUAGCCAAUCAGAAUGCAAGCACCAAAGACUGAAUGAUUGUCAUCCAGACGACGAAGACGUGGUGGCGACGUCCGUGAACGCAUCAAACGGAGGACUCUUGCGACUUCUCCAAAAACAGGGCAGCGUGGAAGAGGACGAGCCCACUAUAUAUGACUUGUAUACGCCUGAGGGUUCUUACAUGCCCACCUCUAAGACUGUCACCCCUUGCCUGAAAAAUGGUGCCAACCCCAGGCCUAAGUCCUCUAUGGCUAGAUUAGGGGCAGAGGAGUCUUCCAUUAUGCAGAAGGGGACGGUGAUGUUUGAGGAUGACUUUCUGGUGGCCCAGUGCCUGCAGGUUGGAGACAGGGUCCGCAUCAAAAAGAAAGGUGGUAAAAGAGGAGGCACCAUUCAGUCAGGAAUCGUCAAGUUCAUCGGUAAAGUGGACAAGGAAUACAAUCACAAUGACCAUAGACUGUAUGCAGGCAUCCGGCUGGAUGAAGCAGAGGGUGAUACCGACGGUGUGAUCAAGGGCAAGCGUUACUUCACAGUCAACCCUCGACAUGGAAAACUGGUACCCAUCACCAGCGUGGUUGCCGUGCUAAACCCAAAGACGUCAACCUACAAACGCAUCUCAGAAUCUAUCAGGGCACAGCAAUUUGAGACCGGAGCAGUGCGAUAUGAGAAAGGGAGAAAUGCACAGCUCAUCAGAGUCAAGUAAUCGCCAGUUUGUCAUUGAUACUGCGACGAGUGGUAUAGACCAAUCCAUUGUACUAUCAUGAAGGCCCCCUUCAAUGGGGAAAGCAUUGUGCUAGCUGUUGUUCAGAUAAUCCAUCAGGGGGUAGUUGCUUUAUACAAUAGCUGGCACAAUGCUUUCACCAUUGAAGGGGGCCUCUGUGAAUGUACAUUGGUAGUGUGCCCUGAUUGGUCUACAGUGUCGAAACAUCUUCAAAUAAAUAUUGAACACUUGUGCUGCGCUAACUAUGACGGACAUUAAUCAAGGCUGUGAUUGAUCAAAACAACAUGGGGGCGGGGCCUACUAGAUCAGUCUAUUGCCAUUGGCCUCGGGUGGAGAGAGGCAAGUGUCUUGCCCAAGUACACAGGUACCAUGUUUCCUGUUGGGAUUCCAUUGAACCAAAGCACUCCAUGUUAUUUCUCUGUUGAAUAUUGAAUUUAGCAAGUUACACACACUGACUCGGUUUGGACAUCACAUUGACGGGAACACAUUCCAUUUUCUCAAAAGAAAUUGUCUCCAUAUUGUUUUAUUGAUUUAUUACCAUAACCCUGAUAUUGGGUAAUUUUGCUCUUAUCUCACAAAGUAGUUAAUAAAUCCUUGUUAAUAUGUAUGAUAAUCCUAUGUAAUGUACAAAUAUAUGAAUAAACAAAGCAUUUUCAACCAAUGAAUGAAUUAUA